GUUCUGGUAAAUACUGCUUGCUGUAUUUUGAUGUUGGUAGCUAAGCUUAUCCAGUGUAUUGUGUUUGGCCCUCUUCGAGUGAGUGAGAGACAGCACCUGAAAGACAAGUUUUGGAAUUUUAUUUUCUACAAGUUCAUUUUCAUUUUUGGUGUGCUGAAUGUCCAGACCAUGGAAGAGGUGGUUAUGUGGUGUCUCUGGUUUGCUGGACUUGUUUUUCUGCAUCUGAUGGUUCAGCUCUGCAAGGACCGGUUUGAAUAUCUUUCCUUUUCUCCUACCACACCAAUGAGCAGCCAUGGGCGAGUCCUAUCUCUGUUGAUUGCUAUGCUACUUUCCUGCUGCGGAUUAGCGGUUGUCUGCUGUGUCACUGGCUACACCCAUGGAAUGCACACUUUGGCUUUCAUGGCUGCAGAGUCUCUUCUUGUGACAAUAAGGACAGCUCAUGUAAUUUUACGAUAUGUAAUUCACCUGUGGGACCUAAACCAUGAAGGGACUUGGGAAGGAAAGGGAACCUAUGUCUAUUACACUGAUUUUGUCAUGGAACUCACUCUGUUGUCCCUAGACCUCGUGCACCACAUUCACAUGUUGUUAUUUGGCAACAUCUGGCUAUCCAUGGCCAGCCUGGUCAUUUUUAUGCAGCUGCGUUACUUAUUUCAUGAGGUACAGCGUCGAAUCCGUCGGCACAAGAACUAUCUGCGUGUGGUCGGGAACAUGGAAGCCAGGUUUGCAGUUGCAACUCCAGAGGAGCUGGCUGUCAAUAAUGAUGACUGUGCAAUUUGCUGGGAUUCCAUGCAGGCUGCAAGGAAACUGCCCUGUGGACAUCUUUUCCACAAUUCCUGUCUCCGUUCCUGGCUAGAACAAGACACUUCCUGUCCAACAUGCAGAAUGUCUCUAAAUAUUGCUGACAAUAAUCGUGCCAGGGAAGACCAUCAAGGAGAAAAUUUGCAUGAGAACUUGGUUCCUGUCGCAGCCGCUGAAGGCAGACCUCGCCUAAACCAACACAAUCACUUCUUCCACUUUGAUGGGUCCCGGAUUGCAAGCUGGCUACCAAGUUUUUCAGUUGAAGUGAUGCACACCACCAAUAUUCUUGGCAUUACACAGGCAAGCAACUCCCAGCUUAAUGCAAUGGUAAGGACUGCUAACUGCUUCAAAAGAGAACUAGUAAUUAGAAGGGCAAGAAAAGCUCUAGGAUAUGUGCACAACGUAUGAUCUUGGUGAUCUGGAUCUGCCUUGGUAAGACAGCAAGA